GACCCCAACUUGACCUGGUAUUCAAACACACCUGACUUUACACUAUGCUUCCAAGAGACAGCACUCGUAUGGUUUCCCAUACUAUUCCUAUGGAUAUUCUCCUCCUAUGAAUUGUACAGAAUCGCCAACACAUGUGAUAAUCCCAUUCCUUGGAGUGCCUUAAAUGUGACCAAAAUUGUGAAUCCUGACAAUAUUUAUCUUAUAUUUCAAUCGAGUGAAAGGAUUGAACAGAUCUGUUAUAUUAUUUUUCUUCUGGCUAUUUAUGUCAAUAUCCGGUGCAAUCACUUGUCGGACAUUACUGUUGAUGACUUUCUCCAAUUUAUGGUAAUUAUGGGUGAAUACGACGGCAAUACCGAUGAUUUCAGAUUCUGUACUAAACUGGCGUUUGUGGCCAUCGUUUUCAUACAACUCAUUCUUUCGUGUUUUAUAGACACCGGUCCUGUCAUACAAAAAAAUGGAAGUCCAGAAUCGUGGGCAUCAGUGCUCUCUUUAUUGACGUUUUGGUGGAUGAAUGCAAUGAUAUUCUUAGGCUAUAAAAGAGCGCUCACUUCCGAUGACUUGUGGCCUCUGAACGAAGAAAAUACAACAAAAUAUAAUUCAGAGCUAUUUAAUCAACGUUUACAACAAAAUCAAAAGACAAACCGAAAGGAAAUUCUUAUACCAAUUCUCACCACUUAUUGGUUUUAUAUAGUUUUGAUGAUUGUAUUGAAGUUAGGCCUCAGUUUCCUUCCGUAUGUCAACCCAAUGGUACUUAAUUGGCUCAUAGACUACAUGAGCGAAGGAAACACUGAUCCUGAAUGGCGUGGAUAUCUCUAUGCAGUCAUUAUGUUUAUGUCACCUAUGAUUGAAUCAGUGCUUAGCAGUCAGUAUGACUUGGGCACCGGUGUUACGGCCUUACGAGUGAGAUCUUGUAUUACAAAUGCUAUUUAUAGAAAGACAUCCUAUUCCGUGUCAAUCAAUAUAAAACAGAGUCUCCGGUUGUCGGGCGCCGGAAGAAAUGAGUUUACAAUCGGAGAGAUUAUAAAUCUAAUGGCAAUCGACACGUCCAGAGUUGCAGAGUUGGUUCAGAUAGUGAACGAGACGUGGUCUGCGCCCCUCCAGAUCAUGUUUGCCAUGUAUUUAUUGUGGCAACAGUUAGGCAUUGCAUCCAUCGCUGGUCUGGCGGCUAUGAUUUUCUUGAUCCCCGUCAAUGGCUUUAUAUCAGGAAAGUUACGUUUCAUUACAAACAGACUCAUGAAAUACAAAGACAAGAGAAUCAAAUUAAUGAACGAAAUAUUGAGUGGCAUUAAAGUGUUGAAACUAUACGCCUGGGAGUCAUCCUUUGAUGAACAAGUUAUGCAUAAACGCAAGCAUGAGAUCAAACAGUUAACCACAAGAGCCUACUUAAUGGGUGCCAUGAUUUAUGUCUUCUAUUUGGCUCCAUUUCUGGUGGCGGUCACUAGUUUUGCCACUUUUGUCUUCGCAAGCGAUUCAAAUGUGUUGACCCCUCAGAAGGCAUUUGUUUCGCUCGCACUCUUCAAUCAGAUGCGGUUCCCAUUGAAGGACUUCCCGCGACUUAUUUCUUUCUAUGCUAUGUUUUCAGUCUCACUGCAACGGAUUAAUAAAUAUAUGUCCGGUGAUGAGAUAGACUUCAAGUCUAUAACACAUGACAGUCAUAGCAGCGACGCUAUAGUUGUAGAGAAGGCAUCGUUUUCAUGGAGUAAAUCAGAAAAUGCAAUCCUUUCUGAUAUAUCGCUAACGGUUCCAAAGAAUAGGUUAAUAGCAGUGGUCGGUCAGGUCGGAGCGGGAAAGUCAUCGCUUUUAAGCGCCCUUUUGGGUGAUAUGUUUAAAAUAAAGGGCAAUAUUAACGUAAACGGGAGUAUAGCGUACGUCCCUCAAGAGGCCUGGAUACAAAACGCAACUCUCAAACAGAAUAUUAUUUACACGAGUGUUGAGAAUGAGAGUCGACUUAACAGAAUCAUUGAGAACUGCGCUCUUCUUCCGGAUCUGGAGGUACUUCCGGGCGGACACAACACGGAGAUCGGGGAAAAGGGCAUCAAUCUGUCGGGUGGGCAUAUAUUGAGCACUGUAUCACAGAUUUAUAAUUAUAUAAUUUGUUUGCAAACAGGGGGUCAAAAACAAAGGGUAUCGAUAGCCAGAGCUUGUUAUUCUUCAGCCGAUAUCUAUCUACUGGACGACCCAUUGUCUGCAUUAGACGCCAAUGUAGUUAAACAUGUUUUCGAUGCAAUCAUUGGACCAAAUGGUAUGCUUAGAGAUAAAACAAGAAUUCUGGUGACCCAUAGAAUAUCAGUAUUGUCUGAAUGCGACCAAAUUGUGGUCAUGAAAAACGGACUCAUUUCGGAAAUCGGUUCUUAUAAUCAAUUGUUACAAAAUAAAGGAGAUUUUGCAGAAUUUCUUAUAUCUCACACCAAUGAAGUAAAUGGAGAGGAAAUGGACCAAUUCCUACCUACUGAUGAAAUAAUCAACAAGGAUAGCAUUAUUACUACUAAAACCUCUGACAGAUUAUUAAGAGCCAGUAAUGCGUCAAAAAUAAGUACAAACAAAGAGAUCAAAUCAAAAGAAGAGAUGAAGAAAGUGUCAAAAUUGAUCGAAAAAGAAACGUCUGAAACCGGAUCCGUUAAGAUGAGUGUCUAUCGAGAGUACCUUCAGAAGAUUGGAUUAGUAAGUGCGGGCACUGUGUUGGUGGCCUAUAUAGCGGGUACUUCUUUCAAUAUAGCGUCGAGUCAAUGGUUAUCCCUUUGGAGUGAUGACUCCAAUGACCCCCAAAGAGCCAAUGAUAUUAGACUCAGAAAUAUACGGCUCGGUGUUUAUGCUGUGUUGGGGUCGGCAGAGUCUAUAUUCCUGUUCAUAUCGACCCUAACAUUGAAUUUGUCGGCUAUAAGAGGCGCCCGAAUACUUCACAACGACAUGUUGAGCCAUAUGUUUCGGGCGCCGAUGUCUUUUUUCGACACAACACCUAUGGGACGGAUAUUGAAUCGAUUCGCUCGAGAUAUCGAUGUUUUGGACACUUUGCUGGACACAAAUAUAAGAGUGAUGUUAACACAGGUCUUCCGAGCGCUCUCAGCAUUUGUGGUGAUGGCCAUCGAAAUCCCAAUAGUAUUAGUGUUUGUACUGCCCAUUGGACUCAUAUAUCUGUUGGUUCAGCGCCUAUACAUUCCCACAUCGCGACAGUUGAGGCGAAUUGAGUCGACCACCCGAUCGCCCAUAUAUUCACAUUUCUCAGAAACACUUACCGGUGCGACCAGUAUUAGAGCCUAUGGUUGCGUCGAUAAAUUCGUGGAUGAAUUCAACAAAAGGGUUGACUUGAAUAACAUGAGCUCUUUGACGGCACUUCUGGUCAGUUGUUGGCUUUGUAUUCGUUUGGAAUUUUUGGGAUACUCUAUAAUAUUCAUUAAUGCCUUAUAUGCUGUCAUAUUCCGACAUUCAGUGAGUCCCGGAGCUGUGGGACUGACACUGAGUUAUGCAAUGAUGAUAACCCGAGCAUUAAAUUACUUGGUCUUAAUCAUCACUCAAUUUGAGACCAAUAUUGUGUCAGUUGAGCGCUGUCUGGAGUACACACGCAUUCCGAUGGAGGCCCUGUCGAUGAAACCCGGGACAAAGCCAUCUGAAGAUUGGCCACAAAAGGGUUGCAUUACUUUUGAUAAGUAUAGCACCAGAUAUAGAGAUGGAUUGGAUCUGGUUUUGAGUGAAAUAUCAUUGAAAAUCAAUGGCGGCUCUAGAGUGGGAGUAGUGGGCAGAACAGGUGCCGGCAAAUCAUCGUUUACUUUAGCGCUCUUUCGUAUCAUUGAAGCCGCGAAUGGAGUCAUAGAUAUCGACGGCAUUGAUAUCAGUACUAUAGGUCUGUAUGAUCUGCGGUCGCGACUAACUAUCAUACCUCAAGAUCCGGUGCUCUUCACCGGCACUUUACGGCACAAUUUGGAUCCGUUUGAUAAGCACUCAGACUCCGAAAUAUGGGAAGUGUUAGAGUUGUCUCAUUUGAAACACUUCGUCGAUUCGUUAAACGCCGGUCUCGAUCAUCAGCUGACAGAAGGCGGCGAUAACUUGAGUGUCGGUCAAAAACAGUUGAUAUGUCUGGCGCGGGCACUGUUACGCAAAUCCAAGAUCAUAGUGUUGGAUGAGGCGACCGCUGCCGUCGACAUUGAAACCGAUGACUUGAUUCAGGACACUAUUAGGACUCAGUUUAAUGAGUGCACUGUUGUUACGAUCGCUCACCGAUUGAAUACAAUUGUUGACUACGAUAUGAUUGUUGUGAUGAAUGGGGGCGAGGUUGCAGAAUAUGAUUCCCCACAAGAACUCCUAAAUAACCCCCUGUCCAUAUUUCAUUCAAUGGCUAAGGAUUCUGGACAUAUAUAA